AUGGCUGCCACAACGAUUCACCCGCCUGCCGACAACCCCGGCCCUCCGCCCGAGGAGAUAUCUUAUCUGUCGCGAAUAUGCUAUAUCGGAGAUCUUGAUGUCAAUGUCGUCAACGAGACUUUUCGCAACGGCCUGGAAGCAUUUGAACAAAAGGGCCACUCUUUACUUGAACUUUGGCCCGUUCUUCUCUCUGCUGUGCAAUCCGCUCGACCCAAGAUCAUCAAACUUCUCUUAUCUCGAGGAUUGGUGAUGAACGAGAUGUAUAUCAGGCAGGCAAUAGAAACCAGAUCAAAGCAAGUCUUCCAGGCAUUUCUCGAAAGUGGAUGGGAUGUGAAUACGCUAUGGGAUAACUUCCACCCUCCUAUACUUGCGUGCUUUGUUGAUGACCUUGAUUUCACACAAUGGCUCCUCGACCGAGGGGCGAAUCCCGACGCUGGAUGUUACUUGGACCUGACUUCAUUGUCUUUUGCCGUUCGUCGUGCACAACCCUCGCUCAUCAAACUCCUGCUCGACCGAGGUAGCAUUGAAAAGGGUCAAUUGGUCCAUCACGCCGUCGAGCGAAGUGAGGACGCCAUCGAAGUUUUGCAGAUGCUUGUCUCUAGGGGAGCAUCUAUCAACAAGAUACAAUACUCAGAGCACCUGGACACCUGGAAUCAUGAGCAUUUCAAAGGCCUAGGCACUCCAUUACACAGAGCGGUCGAGCUUAGGAAGGUCGAUGUAGCCCAAUACCUACUUCAACUGGGGGCCGACCAGAACAUUAAAGACACGAAGGGCAGGACACCUAAGGAUAUCGCGAGGGACAUAGGGGACGCAGACCUGAUUCGCCUCUUUGAAUCUUCUUACUGA